CUAUACGAAUGAACGUUGUUUUGAGCAGUUUCGUUAGUGCAGUGCUGCAAUGGCUUAUCAAACCAACAGCAUCGUGUUGCCGCUGUACGGCGUAACUAGUGUUAUCGCCGAUAUUUUCUAAUUUGCAGUACGCCAGUAUCGUUUUCCUUUUAGAUAUACUCAUUUUGGGAUAGAAUUUUGCAGAUGCCUUUCUGUACUAUUGCGAGUUUGUGUUUGCAUUAUUUUUUACAAGAUUGCUUAAACAGUUCGAUCAGUAACUAUCUCACAAAAUCCCCAUUCUUUUUUGCUACUUAUCGUUGUGCCUUAUUCAUUCUAUUUAUGCAUCCGGAUACAAUUUAUUAUCAGUGUUAGGAUACAAUAAUAUGCCUACCUUUGAUAGCAAUACAGAGAAGCUGUGCAAACUUUCCUGAUCAUAUUCCAUGGAAUUCUUGGCUGUAAAAAGGAUGAAGAUGCAAAGAUAAUCACGCGGAUAUCCAGUUGGUUUCCGGGAUCACCAUCGUUAAAAGAUGGCCAUAUGUGUGACCACACAGAAGGCUCCAUUUAUCAGGUGGAUUUUAUUACUUGGAUUACUGUUCAUGACCGUCCUUAUGAGAGCUAAUGCGUACCCUUGCAUGGUACAAAAUGGAUCCAGUAUUUUCCUCACUAUUCCCGAAUCUUUCUCACCCGGCAAAAGCUUCAAAACCCUGGAUAUGAUUGAAGGCGACGCCUCAGCUAAAGGAAAUAUUAAUCUACGGCUUAAGGAGCCUAAUCGGUAUUUCGGAUUGGAUAGUCAGAGUAAAAGUCUGAUCUUACUACGGGAAAUAGACCGCGAAACCCUUGAAGCCAAAAAUCCACCUGAAACCGUACAGAAAUUGACCUUGGUGUGUGAAUAUUUGGAUGGAGACUCGUGGCGACGGAUUGAUGUUCCGGUGCAGAUUGUUGUUACGGACGUCAAUGAUAAUGCGCCGCAUUUUCGAAAUACACCAUAUGCAGCCACCGUUAGCGAGCUGGCGCCCGUCGGCAGUGUGAUACUCAAAGAUAUCCACGCUAAUGACGCCGAUUCCACCGGUAACAUGGUGAUCUAUUCCAUUGUCAAAGGACCAUACUCGGAUUAUGUCCGCUUGGAGGACACUUUAUCUGGCACGUUAAUUUUGAACCAUCAGCUGGAUUUCGAAAACGAACAACAUAAAGUCUUCAACAUCACGAUCAUGGCCAAAGACCAAGGCAAUCCGCCACUGACCGCCACCGCUAACGUCCAAAUCACCGUGGAGGACGGCGAUGAUCUCAAUCCGGAGUUCCAGCAGCCGCGCUAUACAGCCGCGCUUCCGCGUGACGCGCGCAUUGGCUACGAACUAAAAGUGCAACCAGAAACUAUCAAAGCACUGGAUCGGGACCACGGGAUGUUGACUCCGGUGGUUUACAGCAUUGUCGAAGGAGGUCGGGUGUUCGACAUUGAUAAGAAGACGGGAGUUGUGACUGUGAACGGGACCAUUGAUCAGACAUUAUACGUGCUGACCAUCAAAGCCACGCAGGUGGACAAUCCCGGGCGGUAUACGCUGACCACACUGAGAAUCUCAGCGGAGACGCCCAACCGGAAACCACCCAAAUUCGCCCAUAAAGAAUACCAUCAGAAGGUUCUCGAAAAUACACCGGUCAAUACCACUAUUUUAUCAGUGCAAGCUACUGACGACGAUGUUGGAGCCGUUUUGGUUUAUUCUUUGCUAGCAUCAGAAGCAGUGCCGCAUUUUGCGCUGACCGCAAGUGGUAACCUUUACAUCACCAUGCCAUUGGAUUACGAAAAUGCGACUGGAUAUAUCCUGUUUGCAAGGGUAACCGAUGGUGAAUUUACUGACCAGACGAAAAUCGUUAUUGAAGUCCUUAACGAGAACGAUCAUGAUCCGCAAUUCAGUGAAACCGAAUACAUAUUCGAUAUCCCAGUGGAGAAGAAAUAUCGCGGAUCUCCAAUGGGACACAUUCGCUACUGGGACCGUGAUGGUGACCACGUGUUUACCACUCUGGCAUUUUUGGAUGAGCACAUGAAAGGUGUGUUCACGAUUAACGGCAGUGAGAUUACCCUGAUGGCCGAUGCCGAUGAAGUCAACCGGACCGAAUACCGGUUUUUCGUUGUCGCCGAGGACAGCGGUGAUCCGCCACGGAAAUCCUCCGUCCCCGUGACCAUUAAUUUCCCGGCGGUGGCACUUCCGGCCACCGCCCCGAUCGCUGAUCAGUACUUUGUCCUAGCCAUUGUCCUGGGCUCGUUAGCGGGACUCCUCCUGCUUAUCGUGCUGUGCUUGGUUUGUUACGUCGGCAAAACAAAACCAUGGUCCCGAAAAAGUCCCGCCGGCACUCUCCGAUCCUGCCCCCUUGACGAUGAUACCCGUGGAUUAACGUACAAGCAGCGUGUGCCUUAUCAUGACAUUGUUCCUGUUAGUAGCAGUAGUGCUUCCAGUGAUUCUGAGACUAGUUCCCAUGAUCUGCAUCCUGUCGACAAUCCCGGACUCCAGACUGAUGAUUUAUCUCCAAAAUCCAGCCCCAUUUCGGCGUGGGGAUCAUCCAGUGCUGUUGCAGCGUCCGGACCCGUUCAUCAAAUUGUCUCCAAUGAUCUCGGCUUGAGUCCAAAGGGUAUUAUUCUCAGCACAGGCAAUACACCACGGCAUAACAACAACAACAACAUCGGUGUCGUUAGGAAGCAGAAGAGACUGAAAUGGGAAGACGAAGAGAAGCCGGGAAAGUCGAUGGCAUCCGUGGAUCAUUUCGAAUUCGGCUGGCAGUCGUCGGAAACUUUGUCACCCAUGCAGACCGAUACCGAACGACCGGAAGUGACCGUUUACUUCUAAGUACUGGAUUAGCCAUGGACCAAAUUUUUGCUGCUGCAUAUUAAGCUUGUUAUUUUUUUGUGGUCGCGGGUAUAAAUGUAUGCAUGGGGUGUUGAUUGUGGCAAAUAUGCCUUUAAACAGCGAUUUGACAGUGGGAUAGUUAAAGAUGCUUUUGUAGCAUAAUAUAGCACAAUUUUGUAAUCGGCGAAGGUUGUAGCUAACAAUUUGGACUGUACAGGGUCAAUGCUAAAUUUAUGAACAAUUCCAAUCUUACACAGUUUUAACUUGAGUUUAUCGGUAUCAGUAGUAAUUUGUCAUGCAAGGAAAGA